GGGGGGGGGGCAGGCUGGAAGGGAAGCAGCGGGGCGGAGCAGCCCCUUCAUAAAAAAAAAAAAGAGGGACACCUCGGUUAGCAGCUGCAAGAGCCGGGCGCGGACGGCCGAUCUGUGCGCCAUUGCCGGCGGGGGUCUCCGUCCAGCCCACCCACCCUCCGAGCUCCUCCCGCGGCUCUUAUUAACCGCCCGCGGACUUCCUCGCCGUAGCAGGGCGCUGUGCAGGGAGCCGGGCAGCGCGAUCCCGCGGCGGCUUUCCUGCGUUUAGCCUCGCCUGCCUGUGGACGGCGGCCAGGAAGGGGGAGUAGUGGGGGGUGGUGGUCUCCGAGCCCGGCGGCCGCGCGUUGCAAGCCUCUCUCGCCCCCUCCGCUGGUUCAUGUAGCCCGGCGGCCGAGCCUCCGCCGCGAUGUCCUCCCCGGUGCGCUCGCCCACCCUGCGGCCCCAUCGGAUGAGGAAGGACGAGUCUUUCCUGGGGAAACUCGGAGGGACGCUGGGCAGGAAAAAGAAAGCCAAGGAAGUGUCUGAUUUGCAAGAAGAAGGUAAAAAUGCUAUCAAUGCGCCUAUGUCCCCUGCUACAACUGAUCUUCAUCCAGAAGAUACAUUACUAGAGGAAAAUGAAGAACGUACCAUGAUAGAUCCCACUUCAAAGGAGGAUGCCAAGUUUAAAGAACUUAUCAAGGUCUUGAUCGACUGGAUAAAUGAUGUCCUGGUUGAAGAAAGGAUAAUUGUCAAACAGCUUGAAGAAGACGUCUAUGAUGGGCAAGUGCUACAGAAAUUGCUAGAAAAGCUCGCUGGUUGUAAACUAAACGUGGCUGAAGUGACCCAGUCUGAAAUUGGACAGAAGCAGAAAUUGCAGACUGUGCUGGAAGCUGUGUAUGAUUUACUUCGACCUCAUGGCUGGACGAUCAAAUGGAGUGUGGACCUGAUCCAUGGCAAGAACCUGGUGUCCAUCCUCCACCUGCUGGUGGCUUUGGCCAUGCAUUUCCGGGCUACUAUUCGGCUCCCUGAACAUGUUUCUGUGCAAGUGGUCGUCGUAAAGAAGCGAGAAGGGUUACUCCAGACGGCCCAUGUGACCGAGGAGAUCACUACUACAACUGAAAUGAUGAUGGGAAGAUUUGAGCGAGAUGCCUUUGAUACACUCUUUGACCAUGCCCCAGAUAAAUUAAGUGUGGUAAAAAAGUCCUUGAUCACUUUUGUAAACAAACACUUAAACAAGCUGAAUUUGGAGGUGUCGGAAUUAGAAAGCCAGUUUGCAGAUGGCGUCUACUUGGUGCUACUGAUGGGUCUCCUUGAAGAUUAUUUUGUUCCUCUCCAUCACUUCUUCUUAACACCUGAAAGUUUGGAUCAGAAGGUUCACAAUGUCUCCUUUUCUUUUGAGCUGAUGCAAGAUGCGGGGCUCAAGAAACCAAAAGCACGACCGGAAGAUGUUGUCAACCUGGAUCUGAAGUCUACCUUGCGGGUUUUAUACAACUUGUUCACGAAGUACAAGAAUGCAGAGUGAACUGAACUUCUCCAGAGACCACAAGGGGUGUCCCAGAAAACUGUCUUUGAUUUUUCCUUCCUAUGUUUUGUUGUCUGUCCAGUCAGUUUCCUAACUUGGUGGCCUUCAGUUGGGUUGGUAGGCAGUUCCCAUUAUCUGAAGUGAGUGAGACCGGUUCAAAAAUGAAAGCUGUUGUCCAAUAAUCUGGAAGCUAACCAGGUUAGAGAUGGCUGGUUUCUGGGGGUUUUUUUUUGUGUGUAAACCCUCUGUGCUUUGAGCCCAGAGCCCGCCUUUGGAAAUGAAAUUUUGCUCCCUGGAAAUAUCUACCGUACUUUUUGGAGUAUAAGACGCACUUUUUCCCUCCUAAAAGAGAAUGGAAACGUUGGUGUGUCUUAUACACUGAAUACAGCCAUUUCUGGCCUCCCAAAACCCCACCCCACGGGUCCCAUUUUCACCAAAAACAGGUCCAUUUUUUGCAAAAAUGGGGCUUGCAGAGGGUUUGGGAGGCCUGUAGAGUGCUCCUGGGGGUUGGGGAGGGCAAAAACGCGAUGCAUGGGGGUUUUUGGAAGCCAGAAACGGGCCCGUUUUUCACAGAAACAGUGCGUGCAAGGGGUUUGGGAGGCCUGCAGAGUCCUCCUGGGGGUUGGGGAGAGCAAAAACCGGACACGUGGAAGCCCAAAACUAUUUUUUUUUCUUGUUUUCCUCUUCAAAAACUUGGUGCGUCUUAUAGUCUGAAAAAUAUGGUACGUUCUGCUUUAGUCUUCUGCAGAACUGUUGCUUACAGUCUUCCCUGCUGAGCAAUAGUUGCCUGAUUCCAACACUGGGGUCGCAAACAGGCCAGGCAUUGUUGAGAAGAAAUUACCCUGCCUGGAACUUGGCAUAGAUUUAGUCUGAGCUCCAGAUCUCAACUUCUGCAGUGAGAGUCUGAACAUGCUUGAGUCCCAUACCUUGGUUAGUAUAAUGGAUACGACACUGACCUUCCUAGCAAGGUCAUUGUAGGGCUUGUGAAAGGCGAAAGCUUAUAGGAACGCUAAUAGUGAUGUGGCAGCUGGUUUUUAAAAAUGUGUUCUGGAUGAGGGUGACAGUGAUCAAUUUAGGGAAGGAGAGUUCCUGUUUUCCAGAUUUUCCAGAAGUAAUUCUGUGUCCUUUUCGCCCUAAUUUAGGCACAUCUAGGCUUCCUUUUCAUUUUUCGGGGACGGUGAUCUAAGGCUGUUUUCUAAAUCUUUGACUGCAUUGCUUCCCUUUUAAUAUCACCUAUCCCAUGACCUCACUCCGUAUAUAUAUUGUACAUCUCGGAUGCCAUAGUUGCCCGUUUUGAAUAAAAUAAAAUCUUUUCUGA